AGUGAGCUCCGACUGCAGAGAGGAGAGUCAGCCUGACGACAUGAGAGCUCUGGUGCUGCUGGUGCUGCUGGUGUGCCUGUCGGUGGGCUGCGUGGCCCAGAGACCCCGGCCAUGCACCUCCCCGCCGCUGUUGACCGGUUCCCUUUCUGUGUCCACCCAGAAUGAGAAGCUGGGGGCCUUCGCCAAAUACACCUACGAUGCUCUGGGACAGCGGAUCCGCCUCAGGGAGUUUGGAUCCUACAACAAUAAGACCUUCCACCUGGACGUGCUUCUGCUCUACAGAGAAGGUGUGAUGUACAAGAUCAACUACAGGAACCAGACGUGCUGCAAGAAGCGCCUGAACCGAUGUUUCCACCCGCUGGCCAUCCCGCAUAAUGCCUCCCUGCUGGGCCAGGCCGUGCUGGGCAGCUCCUCCGGCCCUGGGCAGGGGGUCCUGGUCAACACCUGGACCGGCCAGCUGCAGAUGAGGAACAAGACAGUGAAGUACAUGAGUACCGUGACGGAGUUCGGCUGCGUUCCCGUCACCACGCUGUUCCACAGCUGCAGGGACGGAUGGAGGAUCACCAGCUUCUUCAACAACGUGUUGGGGCUGUCUGAUCCUCAACAGCUCAUCCCACCGAAUUUCUGUGACGACGCCAAGUUGGAAGAAGAGGAAGGGGAAGAGCCAGCCACCUUCUACAGCUUGUUCUAGAAGAUUCUUAUGAAUCUGGUUCCCUUUGUGAAUCUUUGCACUGACCUAUCACUUCCUUUAGUCCUUGAUAAAGAAACUUUAAGUGGAUAAAAUCUUUGCCAUCAGCCUGUUACUCAUUCAGCUGUUUGUGUAUAAAUCAAAUAAUGUAAAAUUUAAAUUGAGUGUAAAUAAGUAUCAAGAUAUAUUUUUUUGCAUUUUUUUUCUCAUCACGUAUGAAUAAAGCUCUAAAAGUCAACUUUUUGAGACGUCAUAAAUGUUUGAUUUGAUAUUGUUUGUCAUGGCAACACACUGUGAUUGUGUGACUCUGAAAUGUCUGUUUCUAUAAAGCAUCUCAAUAAAUCAGAAUAUCAUCAAAUA